CUCAUUGUCACACACACGCUGCUCUCUCAAGCCUCUACACAUGGGCUCACUCAUAGUCAGAGCUGGGAAGAGCACUUGUCCUGGACAUACUGGGGGAUCUAGACUUUUAUUUUCCCCAAAAGGCACCAGAUGAAUUCCACCAAAGGCUAAAUGGAAGCAUAACACAGAGAUUCAGACUACUGACGUGCAGCUACCUUACUCAGUGCGAUGGAUAAGUCCUAUGGUCCAGAGGUCAAGUUCAUUUUGGACAUAGGCACUGCCCAUCCUGCACCCAGCACUCCCAUCAGAGGACAGUGGUCCAGCAAAAUCGAGUUCCUCUUGGCUGUUGCAGGACAAAUCAUAGGCCUUGGAAAUGUGUGGAGGUUCCCUUACCUGUGCUACAAAAAUGGAGGAGGGGUGUUCUUCAUCCCAUAUGUACUCUUCCUCUUUACCUGUGGUAUCCCUCUGUUUCUUCUGGAGACAUCUCUUGGGCAGUACACCAAACAGGGAAGUAUUACCUGCUGGAAGAAGAUUUGUCCCCUUUUUGAAGGGAUGGGUUAUGGCAGCCAGGUGGUUGUUUUAUAUUCCAGCAUUUAUUAUAUUAUCAUAUUGGCCUGGGCAUUUGUGUACCUCUUUUCUUCUUUCAACUCCGAACUUCCUUGGGCAAGUUGCAGAAACAGCUGGAACACAGAGACCUGUGUGGAGUUUGAUCGGAGGGUUGAUCAUCUUAACUGGACUGUGGCAGUAAAUGCAACUUCACCAGUGAGAGAAUUUUGGGAGAGAAGAGUUUUGAAUAUCACAGGAAGUGUCCAUGAGUUAGGUGGCAUGCGAUGGGAGUUGGCGCUGUGUCUUCUGUUGUCCUGGGUCAUCUGUUACUUCUGUGUCUGGAAAGGAGUCAAGUCCACUGGAAAGGUAGUUUACUUCACCGCUACGUUUCCAUACAUAAUGCUGGUGGUGUUGCUUUUUCGUGGACUCACGUUGCCUGGGGCUAUAGAUGGGAUCAAGUUCUACCUCUACCCGGAUCCAUCCCGCCUCAGUGAUCCACAGGUGUGGAUGGAUGCUGGCACACAAAUAUUUUAUUCCUAUGCUAUUUGCAUUGGGUGUCUAACUGCUCUUGGCAGUUAUAAUAAGUACAACAACAACUGUUACAAGGAUUGUGUCUACUUGUGUCUUUUGAACAGUGGGACCAGUUUUGUGGCUGGUUUUGCCAUCUUCUCUGCUCUUGGAUUCAUGGCAUAUGAGCAGGGCACACAUAUAUCAAAAGUGGCUGAAUCAGGUCCUGGCUUGGCGUUCAUUGCCUACCCUCGAGCAGUGGCCAUGAUGCCAUUUCCUCAGAUCUGGGCGAUAUUCUUUUUCAUUAUGAUCAUCCUCCUGGGACUGGACAGCGAGUUUGUAGGUCUGGAAGCUCUUGCAACAGCGAUUUCUGAUAUCAACCCUGCCUUCUUCCAUGUUGGUCAUCGACGCAAACUUCUUCUGCUUGCUAUCAGUGUCCUUAGUUUCUUCAUUGGCCUUGUGAUGGUUACAGAAGGUGGACUGUACAUCUUCCAGGUGUUUGACUACUACGCCUGCAGUGGGAUGACUCUACUUCUCUUUGCCAUACUGCAGUCUGUGUGUAUUGGAUGGGUGUAUGGUGCAGACCGUUUUUAUGACAACAUAGAAGACAUGAUUGGAUACAGGCCUUUCAGUCUGAUUAAGUACUGUUUGAAAUAUGUCACUCCAGUUAUCUGCACGGCAACAUUUGUUUUCUCCCUGGUCAAACACACUCCUCUGAAAUUUAACAACAUAAUUGAGUAUCCAUGGUGGGGUUAUGCUCUUGGUUGGUGGUUCACUCUCUCCUCUACACUCAUGGUUCCUUUAUGGAUGCUGUACAAUCUGAUCAUCACUCCUGGGACACUUCAACAGAGAAUCUCCAUAUUAUGUACGCCAGCUGAAGACCUUCCUUUGACCAAAUCAGAGAAGAAAGCUCUUGAACUGCUUGAAUUGAACUCAUCUCCUGAUGGCAUAGUGUCCUAAACAAACUGGAGCAGCUUCAUAUAUACUGAGCACUGUGAAGCAGCAUAAGGAAGAAACUUAAUUACUUUCAUUCCAGUUGUCCUAAACCAUCAAAGCAGUUUUCCCAACCUUUUUGGGGAUUUGAUCCCAUAAAACAAAGCAAUACUCAUGUGAGACCCCCUUUCAUUGGUUGAACAUGGAUAUUCCAGUGAUUCACAGAAUAACAAACACUAAAGGGUUAUAGAAAAGUCUGAAAAUUGUUUGCUUGGCAGGAGAAGAAAAACAUUUUGUGCUUUCCAAUUCUGUUUAUAAUUUCAUGACCCUUUAAAUUUAACUUGAGACCCAUUGUGGGGGUCCUGAACCACUGGUUGGGAAUCACUGCUCUAAAGGAAUGUCUUCAGAUUUUACAUGAUUUCACACCAUUAAGCACCACAGAGAUUAAAUGCUGACUCAACUGAAAUACGGUCAAGCAUACGGUAAAGAGAAUCGAGUUCAAAGAUGCACUUACUGUACAAAGACAAUUUGUUUUCUCCUUUUAUUUUUGGUGCUGUCAACCACAUCUCAUGGACAUGAAUAAAGUCCGUGAGUAGGCUCGAAUUCAAAAAUAAUAUUUCAUAUUAGAAAUUGUUACUUAUCUAAAGAAAAGAUGUAUGGGAAUUUGAGUUUGUUUGUCUGUUUUAACCAGGGUGUAUAACUAUUACAAAUGAAGUAACAUUGAUAACACUUGCCAAAUAAGCCACAGAUUUAACACUGUAGUCACUUUAGGUCAUUUAAGGUCAUAAAUUAAAUUUGCAUUGAAGUGUAAACCCUUAAUAAAGCAGAGAUUUGAACAAAAAGAGGCAGUCCAGCAAUAUAAGGGUCUGAUUGAGAUCUUGGACACUUAGUGCACCUUUGCCAACUGAGCCACCAGGCUGUCCCAACAAUGCGCUGUACGAGUACUGUAUGUACCACCACACAGGUAGGGGAACUACUCCUAAUUCAUAAGUUUGUGUUCAGUGUCUGAUUUUUUUUUUAAAGUGAUCAUUUUAAUAGCAACCAGUGGUACUAUGAUGAUGGAAACACUGUUCAAACCGGUUGGCUGUAGCAGUCAGAAUCACAAGAGUAUAUUUUUAAGUUACAUAGAUUAUAUUUUUACUCCGUAGAUUGUUUAAUUUUAGUUUUUAUACAGAUAAAGUUGUCUUACUCAUUUAUCAAGUUUGCAGUUUCAUUUGUAUCUUUUUGUAUUUUUAUACCCAAUAUAACUGAAAUGUGUGGCAAUGGAUCUUUGUAAAACACAUAAAUGCUGUAAAAAAAAUUUGAAUUUAAGAAUCAAUUUGUAAUUUGUAUUUAAAAGAUAUCUGUUACAAGAAAUUUGUGAAUUCAUAUUUAAAUUGACAAUGUCACCCACUGUUAACAGUAGGCUACUGUAAAUAUAUUGUGAACCAGUAAGCUAAUGUUUUCAUUAAUGGCAGUGUUUGUGUGAUUGAAUGAAUCAUUGGAUUGAUGUAUGUUAUUUUCACAAUAUAAAUCUUAUUAAACAAUGUGCCAUUUGUCUAAUACUAACCAUGAAUUGGGCAAUUAGCUAUUAAUGUUAUUAAUUGUAAAUAAAUUAACAAGCUUCAAUAAACUGGUAGCCAAGCAUUAUUGAUUAACUCUCUUGUUUUCAUUUCAUUAUUUAGUCAA